GUCCCCUCGGCAACGAGCAUCCUCAUAUUGCCCUGUUUGGUAUUCCAAUCCUCUGCAACUCCUCUAUCACUACAGUAUCCUAUGGGAAAGAAGUCCGACGUGGUUUUGCCUGCUCGCGAGUACGCCCCUUUGGAGGCGCGGACGGAUAUUGUUGCUUGGACCAAGGGAAGAGAGGCUCGAGCACGAGAAGAGGCGAUUGCUAUCGAAAUGGUGAAGAAUUUGCGCGAUCAAGUGUCCUGGUGCCAACGCAAGCACCCGGUUACUCAUUAUUAUGAUUGCGCCGAGCUGGUGGGAAAGUACUUAAAGCUCGUCAGGGAUCCUUUGCGCGGCGUAAAGCUACCAGGCGCUGCAUCCGAAGAAUGAGAAAUGGAACAAGAGCUCUUGGGUCUUGUGGAUGACGCGGGAGGCUUCAGCACCGAAGGAGGGCCAAGGGGGAAAGCGCGGGGGGUGGGGAGGGAGCCGAAGAACGAAGACACCAUGUAGAA